AUGGGUGUUCCCUUCGAGGCUCUCAUCCCCUAUGGGAUCAUCGUCGCCAUGUUCGGCGUCACCGGCAUCGGGUUGAGCGCCACGAAAUAUCUUGGAAACGAGGGCAAGGCCGCCCGCUGGAACAGAGAUACCUGGGACAAAGUGAUGAUGGAGCGCGAUCUCCGCAUCACAGGCACGCUGCGUGGUCAAUACGGGGGCGUCGAGGCGCCGAAGGGGUUCGAAGUCAGCAACCCGUGGAAGGUCGAAAAACGCAUUUUCUAG